GGCAUACCAGUUGUGGACACACUUCAUAUUAAUAUGGGCCGUGUAUUCCUCAUGCUUCACCCCACUGGAGUUUGGUUUUUUCCGCGGACUCCCUCGCAACCUUUUCUUCCUCGACAUUGCUGGCCAGAUUGCCUUCCUCGCCGACAUCUUCAUUCAGUUCCUUCUCGCUUACCGGGACUCCCGCACCUACCGCAUGAUCUACAGACCUACCUCCAUUGCGCUCCGCUACUUCAAGUCCGGCUUUGUGCUAGACUUCCUCAGCUGCCUCCCUUGGGAUCUCAUCUAUAAGCUCUGUGGGAGGAAGGAAGAGGUGAGGUACCUGUUAUGGAUUCGAUUGUGCCGAGUGAGAAAAGUGACGGGUUUCUUUCAAACGAUGGAGAAGGACAUUCGCAUUAACUAUUUGUUUACGAGGAUAAUGAAGCUCAUUGUUGUGGAGCUGUAUUGCACGCACACUGCUGCUUGCAUAUUCUACUACCUCGCCACAACUUUGCCGCAGUCUAAGGAAGGGUACACGUGGAUUGGGAGUCUGAAGUUGGGCGACUACAGCUACCAAAGCUUUCGGGAAAUAGCUUUCUGGAAACGCUAUUUGACUUCUUUGUAUUUCGCUAUUGUGACCAUGGCCACUGUCGGUUAUGGUGAUAUACAUGCAGUUAAUAUCAGGGAAAUGGUCUUCAUCAUGAUCUAUGUCUCGUUUGACAUGAUUCUUGGGGCUUACUUGGUUGGUAACAUGACUGCACUGAUUGUGAAAGGAUCGAAGACAGAAAGGUUUAGGGACAAAAUGACAGAUCUUAUUAAAUAUAUGAAUAGGAACAGACUUGAAAAGGGCAUCCGUGAUCAAAUUAAAGGUCAUGUUCGAUUACAAUAUGAGAGUAGCUAUACAGAAGCUUCUGUUCUUCAGGAUAUUCCAGUUUCGAUUCGUGCUAAGAUUUCAGAAAGCUUAUACAAGCCAUAUAUUGAAAAGAUUGAACUUUUUAAGGGAUGCUCUUCAGAGUUUAUUCAUCAAAUUGUAAUUAGACUACAAGAAGAGUUUUUUCUUCCAGGGGAAGUGAUCUUGGAGCAGGGCACUGCAGUAGAUCAACUUUAUUUUGUGUGCCAUGGAUUGCUGGAAGGUGUUGGGAUAGGUGAAGAUGGAACAGAAGAGACCUUCUCACGAUUUGGUCUUAAUAGUUCUUUUGGAGAGAUUGCCAUUCUUUGCAAUUUACCUCAGCCUUUUACCGUUCGUGUUUGUGAUCUAUGCAGACUUCUGCAACUCGAUAAGCAAAGUUUUACAAAUAUCCUAGAAAUAUUUUUUGUUGAUGCAAGGACAGUAUUAAGAAACCUUCUUGAGGAUGGUGCAAAUAGAACUUGGAUCAAGCAAUUAGAGUCAGAUAUCACACUGCAUAUUGGAAGGCAGGAGUCAGAGCUUGCUCUCAAAGUAAAUAGUGCUGCUUCUGAUGGAGACUUGCUUCACCUCAAGGGUUUGAUUCGUGCAGGUGCGGACCCGAAGAAGACUGAUUAUGAUGGGCGCUCUCCAUUGCAUAUUGCAGCGUCACGAGGACAUGUGGAUAUAGUUGGGUUUCUUAUUCAAGAGGGUGUUGAUAUUAAUGCUACUGACAAGUAUGGGAGCACACCAUUGUUGGAGGCAAUCAAGGGAAAACAUGAUUCAGUGGUUUCUUUACUCUUUAAUAAAGGAGCAAAACUAGCUCUCGAUGAUGCCGGUAGUCAGCUUUGUGAAGCUGUUUCAAGAGGGGAUUCAGGCUUUCUGAAGAGGGUAUUGUCUUGUGGAGUUGAUCCAAAUUCAAGAGACUAUGACCACCGUACACCACUACACAUUGCUGCUUGCGAGGGAUUAUAUUCAAUGGCCGAGGUGCUUCUAGAAGCUGGGGCAAGUGUUUUUACUGCAGACAGAUGGGGCACAACUCCUCUAGAUGAAGCACGGAAGAGAGGGAGUUCAUCAUUUAUAAAGUUAUUUGAAAAGGCAAAAUCUGAAGAACUGUUAAAAUUUCCUGAUCGAUCUUUGGAUGUUAGAGACAAAAUACAUCGCGGAAGAUGCACAAUAUUCCCUUUCCAUCCAUGGUGUCCGGCGGAUGAAAGAAGAGAAGGCGUGGUGAUGUGGAUUCCUCAGACAAUGAAAGAGCUCAUUAAAUCUGCAGAGCAGGAGUUUAAAUGCUCGGGUUCAUGCAUAUUGUCAGAGGAGGGAGGCAAGAUUUUUGAUGUGGACCUGAUCUUUGAUGGUCAAAGAUUGUAUAUGCCUGCGAAUGCUGACCUUAAAAACAUCAAGUGAUUUGCAGAUGGCUUCUUGUCUAUAUAUUUGGACCUCCCGAGCAUACUGAGUUGAGCUACAUGUGGAUAAUACGAGCACACAAGUACAUUUCCACCGUAUAUCAAGGUACACUGUUGUGUAUUUUGGUACAUCCGCUUGUAGUCCGCUUGUAGCUCUGUUUGCGGUGUCCGAAGAUAAUAAUUUCUCAUGAGAAAAGUAUAAAAAUAGUAUUAUUAAUCUUUGCAUGCAGUUAUCUUAUAGUCUCAAAGUAUAUAAAAGUAACAAUUUAAUCCUCAUACUCUUUUAAUAUGAGCUGAAAUAGUAUUCUUUGUGGAUUAUUUCAGCCCAAUUUAAAUAGUUUGAUGAUUAAUUUGGCACUUUUAUAGACUCUGGACUAAAAUGAUCCUCGCAAAUAGUCAAGCGAUUAUUUUGGAACAUGGAAUGAGAGCCCAUUAUAGUAUUUUAAGUAAUCUUGUUUAUGUAUUUUGUUGUAGAAUUUUAGCCUCUUUUGAAAUUUUAGGAGAAAAUUGUGA